AGCCGCUUGCUGCUGUCGCUGUUCAGCCCGUACUGGAUCAUCAACAAGACGUCUCGAGUGCUGCAGUACAGAGCCGAGGACGUCAGUGUCAAACACCCCGCCGACUUCCGAGACAUCAUCCUGUUCUCCUUCAGGAAGAAAAACCUCUUCAGUAAGAGCAAGCUGCAGCUGUGCGUCUCCACCAGCUCUUGGUCUGACGCUUUCUCUCUGGACACUGUGGGAAGUUACGGCUGUGUUCGCUGUCCUGCCAACAACAUGGACUUCCUGGUGGGCGUCAGCAUCCAGAUGAGCAGUUUUAACCUGACCAGGAUCGUCACCAUGAGUCCGUUCUACAUGCUCGUCAACAAGUCUUCGUAUGAGCUGGAGGUCGGAGAGGUCGUCAGCCAGACCUCCACCAAGUGGCACUACGUCUCCUCCACCGAGUGCCUCCCCUUGUGGCCUGAGAACAGUUCGGGGAAGUUGUGUGUCCGUGUGGUUGGGUCUGAAUCCACCUCCAAGUUCUUCUUCUUUAACCAUCAGGACAACGGCACCCUGCUGAGCCUGGACAUGUGUGGCGGGAUCAUCGUGGAGGUCAACAUCACCGACUUGUCGACCGUCAUCAGCUUCAGUGAUUAUUAUGAUGGAGCAGCUCCGGCCCUGCUGCUCAACCACACGCCAUGGGUGACCAUCAGCUACAGCCAGAGCGGCUCGACAGCAAUGCACCAGCUAAAACCCGGCGAGGCUCGGCGGUUUGCAUGGGAUGACCCGGCAGGCGUGCGAACCCUCAGCUGGAGCUGCAUGGAGCAUAAUGGAGAGCUGGACCUGCUGAAG